AUGAUUCUUAUCUUUAGUACUCUCCAAUUUUCUCUCUUCUCUUUGGCCCUUGCAACCGUCGGUUAUAUUUUUCUUAGAAAAAGAUUGAGUAAAUGUGAAGAUGAGAGCGUAACCAUCCCUGAGCCAUCGGGGGCUUGGCCUUUAUUCGGACACCUCCAUCUUCUGCGCGGUAAAGACCUCAUUUUCAAGAAACUAGCUGCCAUGUCCGACAAACUCGGUCCUAUCUUCUCACUCAAGUUAGGGUUUUAUAAGCUGGUUGUAGCCAGCGACCCUAAAACGGUGAAAGAUUGUUUCACCACCAACGACUUGGCUCUAGCAACCAGGCCUAAUAUAGCCUUUGGUCGGUACGUAGGCUAUAACAAUGCAAUUCUGGCGCUGGCUCCUUAUGGAGACUAUUGGCGUGAGUUGCGUAAGAUUUCCACGGUUCAUCUAUUCUCAAACCAGAGUAUAGAGAUGCUUGGCCAUGUUCGUUCUUUUGAAGUAAACGCGUUGAUGAAACACUUAUACAAAGAGUGUGGUGGUACGUCUACGGUGAAGAUUGACAUGUUAUUCGAGUUUUUGACCUUCAAUAUAAUCCUUAGGAAGAUGGUCGGGAAGAGGGUUGGAUUCGGCAAAGUGAAUAGCGAGGAAUGGCGUUAUAAGGAGGCGAUGAAGAACAGCGAGUACUUAGCUGUGGUUCCUAUGAUAGGCGACGUAAUUCCAUGGCUAGGAUGGUUAGAUUUCGUGAAAAUUUCUCAAAUGAAAAGAACGUUUAAGGAGCUUGACGUAGUCAUCACCAAAUGGCUCCAAGAACGUCUCAAGAAGAGAUCAAGAAAUGAGAAGGAUGGAGAAAAGACAAUCAUGGAUCUACUUCUCGACAUCUUACCAGAAGAUAUUGUGAUAUGUGGACAUGAACGCGAUGUCAUUGUGAAGGCAACAAUUUUGGUUCUCACAUUAACGGGAUCAGACAGCACAUCCAUUACUCUGACAUGGGCCGUAUCACUGCUACUAAACAACCCAUCUACUUUAAAAGCAGCACAAGAAGAGAUUGAAAAGUGUGUCGGGAAAGGUAGAUGGGUUGAAGAAUCUGACAUAGGAAACCUUAAGUACCUACAAGCUAUUGUGAAGGAAACUCACCGGCUUUACCCACCAGCUCCUCUUACAGGAAUACGCGAAGCAAGUGAAGAUUGUUUUGUGGGAGGGUACCGUGUUGAGAAAGGCACACGUUUGCUAGUCAACAUCUGGAAACUUCAUAGGGAUCCCAAGAUUUGGACUGACCCCAAAACCUUUAAGCCUGAGAGGUUCAUGGAUGAGAAAUCACAAUGUGGAAAGAGCGACUUUGAGUACAUUCCUUUCAGUUCAGGGAGAAGGUCUUGUCCAGGGAUCAAUCUUGGUCUAAGAGUUGUUCACAUCGUGUUGGCUCAGUUGCUUCAAGGGUUUGAGUUACGAAAAGUUUCUAAUGAACCAUUGGAUAUGGCUGAAGGGCCUGGUUUAGCCUUGCCAAAGAUUAACCCGGUCGAAGUGGUUGUAAUGCCUCGACUUAACCCUGAGUUGUACUGUUUACUCUAA